UUGGCUCUACCAUAGCAGCUACGUGAGAUAGAAAUGAAUUAGAUUUAGAGCCGGAAUGGUAACCAAUGAAGGACAGUUCGCAUUGUAUGUGAACCAACGCGUGUAACUUCAACCACACUCUCAGCGGUUUCUGGGCAGCAGCAUGGCUUCAUCUGCGAAAAGAAGAGCUAUUGGAAGCGGGGAAAAUCCCGAAGACAGUGCUGACAGCUCAGAUGAAGGAUUAGAGGAUUCGGGAGAGGGGAGUGAAGAUUCAGAAGAAGAAGUAAUAAACGAGGAAGUUGUGGUGGACUUUGAGGCGCACGCGAUAUCAGACAACGACUUCAACGGCAUUAAGAAACUUCUGCAACAGCUUUUCCUUAAGGCGCACGUGAACAUCUCCGAGCUCACUGACGUCAUCAUCCAGCAAAAUCACAUAGGCAGCGUCAUCAAGCAAGCUGAGGUGCCUGAUGACAGCGAUAAUGAGGAUCCAGACGAAGUGUUUGGGUUUAUCAGUAUUAUUAACCUGACUGACAGAAAGGGUAUGGAGUGUGUGGAGCAGAUAAAGGACCUUGUUUUAGGACAGUGUGAGAAAGUGUGCUCAGCAGCUGUUCAGGAGCAGUUCCAUCAGGUGAUGGAGGACACGUCUCAAAGCGUCGGCCUGCUGCUCAGUGAGCGAUUUAUAAACGUCCCCCCACAGAUCGCCCUGCCGCUUUACACACAGCUGCUCGAGGAGAUGUCUGAAGCACAGCGGACCAAUAAACCCAGCGGGAAGUGUCACUACUGGCUUAUGAUCAGCAAAACAUGCCAGGAAGCCAAGAGCAUCCCAGCACGAGGGCCUGCCAAAGAACUUCCCAUGUUCGUCAAUGCAGAGGAGGAGUUCUUUCACGAGCAAGCUGUGGUGAAGUUUAACUACUCCGUCCAGGAGGAAGCCGAUUCAUGUCACUCAGGACGAUGGGCGUUCGAUGAUGUUCCUAUGAAACCCUUCCGGACGGUGUGUCUGAUCCCUGUGGAGAGAAUGCCUGUAAUUAUGGACAAGUUAAAGGACUAUCUCACAAUCUGAACUUUGUGACAUUCCGUAGUCUUUCAUCUUCAAAUAACGCACCCUUUGUAAAGACUGUGAAGGACUACUGUGUGGACACAGGCAUGGUUGCUUUGUACAAUUUCUCUCUGUGUUAGGAAAAUAUUCACCAAGACCUCAAAGUCUUCAAUUAAACAUUUUACCAAGA